AGCGGCCUCUCCUCUGCUCGGUCCCUUCCUUCCCAGGGUUCAAUGAGCGCUGUGUGGCCCCACCCCGUCUCUCUUUAGCGCUGUCUAUCUCCUUAAUGUAGGCUACUAUUCUCGGGGAAAGUGCAAAGGAGAAGCGAGAGAAAACACCACCUUUCGGCUUUCGGUUGUUCCUGUCGUCCACCUUCCUCGACCAGUGGCCGGUAGGGGAGCGGCCUCCGCGGUGUGAAUGUGCUGCUACAGCCGCCCCGUGUCCUAUUUUUUGUGAAUGUAAAUGCACAUGUAGUCUCCAAGCCUGUAGCCUGUGUCCCAGCCUUGGAUCAGGAGGAAUAUGGACAUGUGUGAGACUAUUCUGUGCCUUUACUGCACCAUAACCCUCAAUGUAGGCUUUAAAAGUGAGCCGUGACAGCGGGGGUUGCUUUUUCACCUGCAAGGAACUAACGUGGAUUCUUUUCAAGGGAUUUUCACGUCUUGGUCACGUUUCGUCUGUUUGUUCGUUAUCGCCUUUUUGGGAUAUAUUCGCUGUCCGGGGUGUUUUUGUUGCUGAAAAGUGCGUCUUUGCGCAGUUUGGAAGGCUCGCUGGUGAUGUGAGGGGCUGAUAACACAUAUGAGCAACAAAAGCGAGGAGCAGCGACAGAGAGCAGGCCUUUGAAGAAAACACAGCCUGCCUUCUCAAACCAGAGGAAAUAACCAGGGGAUAGUGGCUUGUUUUACCGUGGAAGGCGGCCCGGAUCCAUUUCAAAGACGCCUCCCAUGAGUUAGGGUAAUUUUGGGCUAAUUUGGUGCGGCCAUAGCGGAGGAGCAAGAUGACAACGGAAGCUACGAGACGAUUACACAUGUAGCUCGUUUGGGUGUAAAUAUUCUUUCCCUUUCGCUUGUCUGUACGUUCCCCGGUGAAGGUAGAAGUCAGAUUGUGUUGCUAAACCGACCACAACCCGAAGUAUUUACGUGCGACAAUGUUAAAAGCUCAAACUGGUGCCGAAUCGCGUCGUGCCGACAACGGGGCGAGCAUUUUGGACACGCCGAGUUUGGCUCCUUGUCACGGGCAGCAGUGAGACGCAACACCCGGGCUUUUGGAGAUGCAAAUUAGCCAGCUCACCCUGCCUCCAUUCGGGGUGAAAAACCGGUUUUUGCCAUCGUAAAGGACACUCGGGGAUUGGGGGAGAUAUACGCGCGAGUCUAGCCCAGUGCAUGUGAAGGGAAACGCGUGAAUCGAGGCGGCCUGCUGCGGUGUCCUUCCCUUCUGACAGCACAAAACGCGUUAUGGACACGGCUUUUCCCCCGAGCGGCACCACGGACUGUGUAGGAGCAGGCCAGGGACGAUCAGCGGCGUGAAUGUAGGCGGCAUCGCUCCCAAAGCCGUGGGUCAAACUAGGGAUAAAGCCUAAUUAUUUAUUUAUUGAGCCUCCGUUACGCACUCUCCACGGUCUCCUUCCUCCUCCCCCGUACGCCCCUUUUUUUACUUUUUCUUGCGGGAAGAUGGGUUGUUUGGGCAACAGUAAGACCGAAGACCAGAGAAAUGAGGAGAAGGCCCAACGUGAAGCUAACAAGAAGAUUGAGAAGCAGCUCCAAAAGGACAAGCAGAUAUACAGAGCCACGCACAGACUACUACUUUUAGGAGCUGGGGAGUCGGGAAAGAGCACCAUUGUAAAGCAAAUGCGGAUUCUUCACGUAAAUGGAUUCAAUGCAGAGGAGAAAAAACAGAAAAUCCAGGACAUCAAGAAUAACAUUAAAGAGGCUAUUGAGACGAUCGUCACGGCGAUGAGCACCCUCACGCCGCCCGUGCAGUUGGCGUGUCCCGAAAACCAGCACCGAAUCGAAUACGUCCUAAACCUCGUCAACCAGAAAGACUUUGAGUUUCCACAGGAGUUCUACGACCAUGCCAAGAUGCUGUGGCAGGACGAGGGGGUCCGGGCGUGUUUCGAGAGGUCCAACGAAUACCAGCUCAUCGACUGUGCACAAUAUUUCCUCGAUAAGAUUGACAUAGUGAAGCAGAAUGACUACACUCCAACAGAUCAGGAUUUGUUGCGAUGCAGAGUGUUGACUUCGGGAAUCUUUGAGACGAGGUUCCAGGUCGACAAAGUAAAUUUUCACAUGUUUGACGUCGGCGGUCAGAGAGACGAACGCCGGAAAUGGAUCCAGUGCUUUAACGAUGUAACGGCCAUUAUCUUCGUUGUGGCCAGUAGCAGCUACAACAUGGUGAUCCGAGAGGACAAUCAGACCAACCGGUUACAAGAAGCACUCAACCUUUUCAAAAACAUCUGGAAUAAUAGAUGGCUGCGGACCAUUUCUGUCAUCUUGUUCCUAAAUAAACAGGAUCUUCUAGCUGAAAAAGUGUUGGCAGGAAAGUCAAAAAUUGAAGAAUAUUUUCCUGAAUUUGCUCGAUAUACAACACCGGACGAUGCAACACCAGAGCCCGGCGAAGAUCACAAGGUCACAAGAGCAAAGUAUUUUAUUCGAGAUGAAUUCCUGAGGAUCAGUACGGCGAGCGGUGACGGCAGACACUACUGUUACCCCCACUUCACCUGCGCCGUGGACACAGAGAACAUCCGCCGUGUCUUUAACGACUGCAGAGACAUCAUCCAGAGAAUGCACCUGCGCCAAUACGAGCUCUUGUGAUGGUCACCGCCCACUCGUACUGUGGCCCUGCCCCUUACGCCACAACCACAGAAACCACGGGGAAAUAAAAAGACUCCUUACAAGAUAUUAUCAGACUAAUGCAAUGUUACUGAAAGAGAAAAGUGUUGAAUGGGUCAUGUAUCAUGGCCUUGUAAACCGUGACUCCGCUCGGCCUCGUUUGCGCCAUAUUUUCUAGACAAAGUUGCAGUUGAAAUUGUCGAGAUUUACUUUGAAAAGAGAUUAUUAAUAUUACAUUUCUGCAAAAAGGGUUUAAAAAAAAAAAAAAAAAAGAGAGUUCACUGUAUUUGACGAGCACUGUGUUUUUGGGACUACACGGAAAACGUUCCAUUCCGAAGUCGUUCCGAAGAAUGCCAAUGGAACAUAUCGCCAUCUGCUGGAGAGGAGGUGGUUUUACACAGCACAGUGCGUCAUCGAGAUUACGUUCGGAGCCUUGAAAUCGCAGUAUUAGCCUGGACUUGAAUGGAGGAUGAGAAAACGUGACCACAACUAUUUGACUUGUAACUCGAAAAGGAGGAUUUAUCAAAAUACAGAUUAUUAUUGACUUUUAUGGACUUAAACAGAGGUCUGAAGUGUCCUCCUCCUACAGUAAAAGUUACAUUUUCGUCACGAUUGACUUGUUUUUUUUUGUUUUUUUGUUUUUUUGUUUUUUUUUUUUAGUUCUGUUUUCGCGUCUCCACAGCUGUUCAUCUCUGUGUGGACUUUGUGCCAUUGUUCUCAAGUGCGCUUUUUUCUUUGACGUUACUGUCUCGGCCCGCUCCCCCACUCCCCUCCCCCUCCCUCCUGCACCACAUAUUCAUUUGUUCUUAUGUCCCAUUUUGUUUGAAGAGAAAAUAAAGCAUAAAUAAUAAAGGAA